ACAGAAGCCGCCCAAUCACAACACGACCUCAGCGGAAGCGGUACAUUUGAAAACUAGCAGUUGUAGUCGAGUGUUUUUCGACUCGGACUGUCGCAAAUCUUUCUGAAGGAAUUGUCUUUUUGUUCUAUCUGCAUACCUGACGGCCUAAACGCGAUGGAGGAAGAGGAGCACACAGACAGAAAGCAGCAGCUCGCUAUGCUUUAUCAAAAGCUGAAUAAAAUCAAAAAGUAUCUUAACGAAGAUGAUACAGACAACAUCAACAAUGUCAUCAGCUCAAAUUCGCCUGAAUCUUGUCUGGCUUAUCUACUGGAUCUGGAAAAGAAGGGGGAUCCUCACCUGGAUCAUAACCAUCUCACCCACCUCAUACACUUUUGCACUAAAGUGUUCUCCAACAUGCCGCUGGGAAAGCACUGUCAGAAUGAGAGCUAUGCCAGGAUGCUGGUCAGGUUUGCAGAGCUUAAAGCGAUUCAAGAUGUCAAUGAGGCAGAAGCAAACUUCAAUGUAGCAAGAUCCCACAGUCCCAACUUUGCAUUUGUGCACAUUGCACAUGCACAGUUUGAGCAUUCUCAAGGUAACACCAAAAGAGGCAUUCAAAUGCUGCAGGAUGCUAUCAAGAUGGGCGCGAAGCCCAAAGAGCUCCUGGAAACUGCCCUGCACGAUAUGCAACCAGGAAAAACACUUUCCCCCUUAGAGGAUAAGGAAAACCUGCCAUAUCCUAUAGUCCAGGAUUCUGGGAGGAAAUCCACAGAGUUCCAGAAAAAAGUCGGCAGAAUAUCUGAUGGCACAGGCGAGCUGCAGCUCUCCAGCAUUUUUAACUCUGGGAUGGAGCCUUUGUCUGGAUCCUCAGUCGAACAGCUUCCUGGCUGGAGAUUGGGAUCUCAUCGUAAGACGGCAUCCUGCUUGCCAGGAAGGGUACCUGUAGUGCCUUUCUCUAUUCAAGAAAAUGAGGAUGAUGGAAAUGUCCCAGAUGUUCUACCUAAAAGAGGUGAAAUGAGCAUCCCCACAAGUUUGUCCAGGCAAACAUCUGGCUCAAAUGUGACCCCAGCAUUUGGACUCUCUUCAAUCAAGAAAACUGCUGAAGGUGGAGGUCUGCUUGGUGUUCGGCAGCCAGCUCUCAGUCCAGAGCAAAGCCAGUGGGAUGCUCAGGCAGUCGCAGAGUCAACAACUACACUCCUUCAAUCGACCGUCACUAGAGAACCGCAAAGACUGGAAGACGUGACCUCCAGUUUUGAUCAGAUUGUGAAUUCCAAUUCUCCUGAGUCAUGUUGGACAUAUCUGAUGAACCUGGAGAGAAGAGGGAAUCCUCACACAGACAUCUGCCUCCUCAACAAGCUCAAGAACUGUUAUUCCACCGUCUUCGCCAAGCUGCCCAUCCGGCAGUACAGCAAAAACAGCAGCUACGCCAGAAUACUGGUGAGAUACGCUGAGCUGAAAGGGAUUGAGGAUACAGACGAAGCAGAGGACCACUUCAUAGUUGCAAGAUCCAACUGCAAAGGGUUUGCAUUCGUACACAUUGCACACGCUCAGUUUGAGGUGUCUCAAGGCAAUAUGAUGAAAGCAUCUUCAAUUUUGCUCAAAGCCCAGGCGCUAAACGCCCAGCCUUCUCAGCUCCUGAACAUAGCAAUCCGUAACCUUAAAGCAGGGGAAAAACAGCUACUGGAUCCUGAUGAUGAGCUUCUCACAGGAACGGCACAGAGUGGGUCGACCUGUGUGGACCACCAGGAAGUGCACGCUCCAGCACGGGUGCCCGCCACGCGCUCUGUGGACCGAGCAAAACCUGCCAUCAAAGAGUCGGUCCCAGAGUGGAAGCUGCCAUCUGCCGUCCAUCGGCAUGUUUCCCCAGAGGAGAAAAGAACAACACCCCCUUUUGCUUGUCAGGGGGAGUCUUUGCUGACUCCGUCCUUCCAGCUUCCAUCCAGAGUGAACCCUCAAACGGUCUACCAGACGCCAUGCAGCAACUGGAACCCACAUCCUAACAGCUUCAUCACUCCUGUUGUGAAAGGAGGUCCAGAAGUGUCGUCCUCUACAGUGGCAGCUCACAGAACCAGAGGGCUUCAGCAGUCCAACACGCCUCUGAACCCAUCGCCCUCUUUCCAGACUCCACAGGCCUCACUGAGAUCUUUAUCCAAUGAAUCCAUCACCAUUAAGGGCAAGCAGUUCUUUGUUCUUAAGAUUAUCGGGCGUGGAGGAUCGAGCAAGGUCUACCAGGUCCUUGAUCACAAAAAGCAGCUGUUUGCUGUCAAAUAUGUGGACCUGGAGGAAGCUGACGCUCAGACCGUAGAGAGUUACAAAAAUGAAAUUGAACAUCUGAACCACCUGCAGCAGUAUAGCGAUCAAAUCAUCAAGCUCUACGAUUAUGAAAUAACCAACAGCUACAUCUACAUGCUGAUGGAGUGUGGGAACUUGGACCUGAACACCUGGCUGCGGAAACGCAAAUCUGUGAACCCACUGGAGAGAAAGUUUUACUGGAAGAACAUGCUGGAGGCCGUCCAAACCAUCCACAGACACGGAAUCGUCCAUAGUGACCUGAAGCCUGCAAACUUCGUCAUUGUGAACGCGUCGCUGAAGUUGAUCGACUUCGGCAUCGCCAACAGAAUCCAGCCUGAUGUGACCAGCAUCAUGAAGGAUUCUCAGGUGGGAACCCUGAACUACAUGCCCCCGGAAGCCAUCAAAGAUACUUCGUCCCAGUCUGGAAAAGCUCGCUCAAAGAUCAGCCCUAAAGGAGACGUGUGGUCGCUCGGCUGCAUCCUUUACUGCAUGACUUAUGGGAAGACUCCGUUUCAAAGCAUCACUAAUCAGAUGGCCAAGCUGCACGCCAUCAUAGACCCCUCCCACAAGAUCGAGUUUCCUGACAUUUCAGAGAAGGACUUGCUGGACGUUUUAAAGAGGUGCUUGGUACGAAACCCUAGAGAGAGGAUCUCGAUCGCAGAGCUGCUGGAUCAUCCAUAUCUCCAGCUGAAGCCGCAGGCCUCACCUGAACCAGCAGAACAUCAAUCUAAUGGGGACCUUAAGAGGAUCCUGACGGACCUGGCCGCCCUGCAGUCUCCAAGCAGCAUCAUCCGAGCCGCAAACAAUUUGGCAAAAAUGUGCAACAGUGGCAGGAGGCUGGAUGUUGCAGAGUGUGCAAAGUCAUCUACCUAAAAACCCUGGAACAUGUCACAUGGAUGUUUCUUCCUCUUCCUUUCUGACCUCCUCGUAACCACUCGAUGUUCUGCUGAAAGAAGCUAACAUAUUCAUGUUUGUAUUUUCAUUUUUUUCUGAACUCGUCACUUUUACUGAUUUUUAUUUUUACUUUGUAUGUAAAAAGUUCAAGCAAAAACACAACAUGGAGAAAUAAACAAAUUGUGUAUCUUAUAAAGUUUCAUUCAUACGACUACUAAUGGAAGCGGACCCUUUAAGUCACUUGUUUCAUAGUUAGAAUCUAGACUUGAUCUAGUUAUUGUGCAAGUCACCUAAUUAGUUGUUUUUAUUUCAUGUAACUUUUUUUUAUCAGCCCAUACCUGUACAUUAAAGUGCUCAGUUGUUUCUGGGUU